UAGAGAGUGAAAUAUUGAUCGAACACAUACACAGAGUUUUCUCCAACGCCCACAAGUUGGCUAGAUUAAUAUUUCAUCUCUCUCUCUCUCUGUGCCACUUGCUAAGCAAAUCGGUCACUUAGUCUUCGUGUCUGUUGGAAGAUUAUUCUCCUUAUAAAUUAUAGUGAUCCUAGAUCUCCAUACACGGAGCAGAAAAAAGUUUUCUUGCCUCAAAUUUUGUAAUUUCCAAUUGGGUUUUAGUCCGUGCAGAGAGAAAGAGAGAGAAUGACGUUAGAAGCUGUGGUGUUACAAGCAGACCGAUAUAGCUAUGGUUUCAAGGAUUUCCACGCCGUAGGAGGAGGAGGAGGAGGAUCUUGGAGCCAUGGCUUUGGUUUUGGAGAAGAUCAUCAGGAAGAGAAAGUGUACACUGAUCAUCAUAUGCUCAACAAUGAUGUAGGUCAACAAGGUUUCAAUAACCUGAGUUUGGAAGCUUCAAUGCUGCAAAGUGUCAACGACUUUGAAACCAACAGUGGGUCGGCUUUCAAUCGUGGGUUCUCUUCAACGGAAGCUCCGGCAGCUUCGACAGGACGGAGAAAGAGACGGCGCAUCCAAAACAUCAAGAACAAGGAAGAUAUGGAGACUCAGAGGAUGACCCACAUUGCUGUUGAACGCAACCGGAGAAAACAAAUGAACGACUACCUUGCUGCGCUCCGAGCUAUGAUGCCUGCUUGCUACGCCCAAAGAGGGGACCAAGCUUCAAUCAUAGGUGGAGCUAUUAAUUUCGUGAAGGAGCUUGAGCAACUUUUGCAAUCUCUAGAGGGCCAUAGACGAACCGAGCAACAACACUUGAAUUUGGCCUCAAUCUUCUCAAGCUUCUUCACCUUCCCUCAGUAUUCGACCUGCUUGAACAGUCAUGGUCAUGGCGUAUAUAAUAGCUCAGUGCAUUCAAAUGAGUUAAUGGCCGAGAAGCGGUCUGCCAUUGCAGAUGUUGAAGUGACAAUGGUGGAAAGCCAUGCCAAUGUUAAAGUGCUUAUGAAAAAGCAACCCAGACAGCUUUUGAAGAUGGUGCUUGGUUUGCACUCCCUGGGCCUUAUGAUUCUUCACGUUAAUGUCACAACUGCGGAUAAUAUGAUCCUCUACACUUUCAGCGUCAAGGUUGAAGAUAACUCUCAGCUGACCUCGAUGAAUGAGAUUGCGGCUGAUGUGUAUGAAAUGGUGGGUAGGAUUCAAGAGGAAGCUCAGCUUUUAGCUCAAUAACCCUUCUUAAUAAUUUGUCUACUUAUUGGCAUUAUAUGCUUUAUGCUUUAUGUAAUCGGUAGAUGAAAAUAACUUAUCUUGUAUUUUUAUGUGUCCUUUGAUGGCCUAAAAUUUAGAUGAACCAAGUUGUUGCCUCUA